ACUAAUUUAAAGAUUUGAGUUCUUAUGCAAAUAUGACUUUUGAAGGGUUCUUUUGCAAAAUUCCCUUUCCUUAUCUAAUUCACAUACGCGUUAUUAUCCUCUGUCAUCUUCCUCAUUCACCGCUUAUUCCAUUUCUCCGAUCAUUAAAAGAAAAUCCCGAUGAUUCCUCCAUCCUUCCUUCUUUUCCUCCAAGUGAAAAUAUCAUCCUCAUUGCGGCAAUGUCGGCGGCCUCUCCGAACGUGAAUUCCUCCUCCUUGAUGACAGCGAUUAUUCCAACGGGAAAAUCAAGAUUGCUAUAAAAGGGGAUCUCAAUGAAGGAUGAAACAGAUCAAAGUUUCGCAGUAAACUUUGGUGCCGGCUUUCUCGGGGGGGUCUUACCGCUAGGCGUGGUCGCAUCAAAUCGUCUCUGCGAAGGCGGCGACUAUUGUUCUAGGGCAGUGAUCACACGAUUACCCCUUUCUCAGAUCAUUUGAAUUACCAAGACUAGCAAUUUUAUUUUCAGACUUUAUGGCUAGUUCCGAUCUAUCUAAGUCAGCCAAACCUGAGAAGUUCACCGGUUUGAACUACAAACGGUGGGCUAAUCAGAUAAAAUAUUGGCUUACAACUUUAGGACUUAUUUCUGCUAUUGACUCUGAUUUUUCUUUAUCAACACCUACACCCUCUUCAUCAUCACAAGCUGAACCUACCUCCACACCUACCACAACAUCCGGAAUUUCCAAAUCUCCUGAGGAAAUAAACUUUCAUUGUUACAACCGAAUCCUUAGUGCUCUUUCAGACAAAUUGUAUGAUAUUUAUUAUGAGUAUAAGGAUGCAAAAGAAUUGUGGGUAGCACUAGAGUCUGAAUAUGGUUUAGAUGAUGCUGGUAUAGAACGUUUCUCCUCCUCCUCCUUUAAUAAGUUUGUUAUGGUAGAUAGUAAACCCAUCAAUGAUCAGCUUCAUGAAUUUCAAGACUACAUCCGAUACCUUCAGUCGAAAGGAAAUACUUUCUCUGAAGAAUAUAAGGUAUCUAGUCUUAUUGAUAAACUUCCUCCUUCUUGGUCUGAUUUUGCUAAAGAUCUCCGUCAUCUACAGGGUGACUUGACUCUUGUACAAGCCCUCAAAGGUAUUAGGAUAGAGGAUCAACAUAGGCAAAACUCCAAACCAAAAAAUGAAAUGAAAGCAAAAGUAAACCUAGUGGAAGAAAAGCCUAAGAACUUUAGAAACCCAAAUCACAAACCCAAGGGCAAGAAUUUCAAGAAAAAGAAUCAUUCUCAACGUCCUAACCAACAUCCCAAUCUCUCUAGAAACCACAAACCUUUUAGCCAAAAGUCUGAGACUAAAUUUUGCUAUGUCUGUGGGAGAACCAAUCAUCUUUCGACUCAGUGCUACUACCGAAAGAAAGCUCCUAUCAAGACUCCUGUAGGCGGAAAGGGUGAAGAAGGGAGUCAUAAGGUCAACAUGGUAGAAAAUAACUCAGGCUCCUUUAGGUUAGCGUCCUCCUCUUAUGUUGUAAAUUGUACCACUUUUUCUGAUGACUGGUGGUUGUGA